CUCUUUUCCUUGGAACAGCUGUUAAAUAUGUCAAGAGAAUUGAGUGAGUUGAAGAAAAAUCUUAAGGAUGCCACUGCUGCAAUUGCAGCCGAGCCUCUGAGCGUGGAAUCAGAGCCCACAUUCAACUCUACAGAAGCAGCUAUUCAGUCCAUGCUGGAGUGUCUGAAAAACAACGAACUGGUUAAAGCUGUGCAACAAAUAAGAGAAUGCAGGAUUUUGUGGCCCAAUGAUAUCUUUGGAAGUAGCUCUGAUGAUGAAGUCCAGACACUACUGAACAUUUACUUCCGGCACCAAACCUUGGGCCAGACUGGCACCUAUGCACUGGUGGGCUCCAACCAGAGCCUGACUGAAAUCUGUACCAAAUUAAUGGAACUCAAUAUAGAGAUUCGUGACAUGAUUCGCAGAGCUCAGAGUUACCGGGUCAUCAAUACUUUUCUUCCAGAGUCCAGCGUUUCCGGCACAAGUCUCUGACAGGACUCGUGGGUCCUCUUCCAAGCUGGGAGUGCUGCCCUGCUGGAGUGAGGUGGUUCAAUGUCUUCUCAGCCUUACAAAGGUUUGGUCAAACUGCACUCACUCUUGUUACAUUUAGGAUUUCUUCUAAAAAGGUAUGGGCAGAACAUCAAAUGUGUAGCAAUACUGUCAGGACAAAGGUAGCAUAGAGCAUCCAGGACAACAUCCUUGGUUCUCUGUUGCACAAAAACCAGUUAGCAUUUCACUGAGCAACUGCAACUCACUACUGAAGAAGUGACUUCCAUCGCAUACCAAAGCCUACUACACUGAACAAUACUUCCUUUAUAGCAAAUUAAUUUUAGGUUGGCAAAAGUGCAAUGUUUCCUUCACAAAAUAAUAUUUUUUGUUAAAAAGCCUUGUACAUUUUUUCCUUUUUUUCUCUUUCUUUUUUUUUUUGGUUGAGUGAAAGAUGGGCAGAAUGAAGCUGGCCACAGAACCUCGCAAACUUGUUGGUCAAAAGCUGAGCGCCUGUGUAUAUGAAACAAAUUGUAAAUGGACUACAGUUCAAUGUACACUGUAAUUUGAAUAUGAUUACUGUAUCUGAAAACAACGAGCUGCUAUGAAGUACAUUUCCUAAUGUUACUAGGCUACUGUCUCUGAAGGUACUGGAUCAUAUUGUAGAGGUCUGUUCUUAGGCCCCCAAGUAUCAUGAAUGGUCUUGGUAGACUUUCUUUCUUUUUUUUUUUUUAAGGACCUUGGCUGCUUUUUACUAGAGGGUUGCUUUUAUGAAUAUAUUUAUACUAUUAAAGGAUGGUUGAUCUAACUUAACUUGCCAUUUUGUAGGAGAAAGAGUCAAUCUUUCCAUCACAGUCAAAUCUUUUGAACUGUUAUGCAUGCAUAUUUUUAUUUAAUAUAAAUUUGGAGUAUAAAAAGUAAAAAUAUUAACGUGAAAUGCAAGUUCUCAUGUUAAGUUUCUUUAAAGAGAUGUCUUAUUUUAUUUGUAAUGUAUAUAUAAAAGUCAUACCUGUACGGUUUUUUCUUACAUUUAACUGCUGUCCAGUGUUAAAUGUAUGCAUGUAAAUCUGUUGCACAUCUGAGACACUUUUAUUCUGACAACUAUGUAACUUAUUCACUCUGUAAAUACACUUACCGUUUUUGUGAGGUAACUUUGGUUGAUAUUUGGAUCAGUAAAUCCAUUUAACUAAAAUAUAAAGUCAUAUAUAAUCACAAUGGAGUAUGUGCUGGUUGUGCAGAUCUUGUUCUCGUCUCAGUCUGUGCUGUUGCCAAUGGCAUCAGUGAUAACCAGCCCCUAAAAGACAACUUGGUCGUGGUU